AUGGCCAAAGUACAGGUUAGGCAUCCGCCGGGUGGAUACAGGUUCUGGAAGAAGAUGACAUUAUUGGUAGCCUUGCCAUCCGUUGGGUUGUGCUUUACGAACGUGUACUUAGCGCAUCAGCACGAUAAACACCACCAUGUCCGACCGAAGUUCGUCCAGUACGAGUACCUGUGCAUCCGCAACAAGCGGUUUCCUUGGGGUGAUGGCGUGAAAUCGCUUUUCCACAACCCGGAAGUUAACGCGUUACCGAAUGGAUACGAAAAAUAG